AUGGCCUCUUGCAGAACUGGCCGGCUUCCGAUGCCGGACGAUCCGCUUUUCAAUCCGACGCACAUGCACGGUUUGCGCCACAGCAGCCGUCUUGCUGGCCUUGGUAUGAUUGCUGUGAUUUGGAUUAUGUACGAGAAGCUGCGCCACUCGCAUCACUACAUUACUUACAAGGGCCCCGAGAACCCUUUUGCGCGUAUUCGUCAUCGUCGCUUCCCUGGUGGUGCGUUCAUGUUCGGCUGGGGUAACAAUGGAUUGAACCGUGAUUGUGGUAUCAAAGAAUUCGAGUGCUGGGCUGGUUACACUGGUAAGGAAUACACAUACUAA